CUCUUCCUCCUAAGCCCCUAAAGUCUAUGGGUCCUGUGUGUAAGGACAGUUCCAGCACGGCGCCCCUGGAGGAUGCGGAGUGGUACUGGGGAGACAUCUCAAGGGAAGAAGUCAAUGAUAAAUUGCGGGAUAUGCCGGACGGGACGUUUCUGGUUCGCGAUUCCUCCACCAAGAUGCAAGGAGACUACACGCUCACCCUUCGGAAGGGUGGAAACAACAAACUGAUAAAGAUUUACCACCGGGAUGGAAAAUAUGGCUUCUCUGAUCCGCUGACCUUUAUAUCUGUGGUGGAGCUGAUCAACCAUUACAGACACGAGUCUCUGGCCCAGUACAAUCCCAAGCUGGAUGUGAAGCUGCUGUAUCCCGUAUCACGUUACCAGCUGGACCAGCUGGUGGAGGAGGACAACAUCGACGCCGUGGGGAAGAAGCUCCAGGAAUAUCACAGCCAGUACCAGGACAAGAGUAAAGAGUAUGACGGGCUGUAUGAAGAGUACACCAAGACAUCUCAGGAGAUUCAGAUGAAACGGACGGCAAUCGAGGCCUUUAAUGAGACCAUCAAGAUCUUUGAGGAGCAGUGCCAUUCCCAGGAGCGAUACAGUAAAAAAAUCGUAGACUGUGUCCACCGAGAGGACCAUGAGAUAGAGAGAAUAAUGAUCAACUAUGAGAAACUGAAAUCUCGACUGGGGGAGAUUCAUGACAGCAAAAUGCGACUGGAGCAGGACCUGAAGAAACAAGCGAUGAACAACCGGGAAAUAGACAAGAAGAUGAACAGCAUCAAACCCGACCUGAUCCAACUGCGCAAGAUCCGUGACCAGCACCUGGUGUGGCUGAAUCACAAGGGUGUGCGGCAGAAGAGAAUCAAUGAGUGGCUGGGAAUGAAGACUGAGACUCUUGAUGAGCUGUACUUCCUAUGUGAGGAGGAUGAGUAUCUGCCGCACUAUGAUGAGAAGACCUGGUUUGUUGGGGACAUCAACCGAAUACAGGCAGAAGAGUUACUGCAAGGGAAGCCUGAUGGCGCAUUUCUUAUCCGAGAAAGUAGCAAGAAGGGCUGUUAUGCCUGUUCUGUGGUGGCGGACAGUGAUGUCAAGCACUGCGUUAUAUACAGCACGUCCCGGGGAUACGGGUUUGCAGAGCCUUACAAUCUGUACAGCACACUUAAGGAGUUGGUGCUUCACUACCAGCACACAUCCCUCAUCCAACACAACGAUUCUCUGAACGUCAGGCUGGCCUAUCCCGUCUACGCACACAUGUCCUCCCUGUACAGAUAAGCCCCUGGGGAGGACGAUGGCUAUUCUGGAUCUUUUCUACAGUUUAUACUAGAUUUACGUGGGCAUUCUUUCUACUUAAGACUGCUUGUUUUGCACAAGAAGUGAAUGUGAAAUGAAGGGUGAUGCGGCACAGAUCGGAGGGCUCCUCUUGCCUCUGUGAGACCGGAAGAGUCAGGCGCCUUCAGCGUUCUCCUCACAGCCGCCACCACCUGCUGACCUUCUGCUCCGCCACAGUAGAGGAUGGAGCUUGAGAUUUGGGAACGAAGACCAAAGGAUUCUUCAGAUUCACUUUUUUUUUUCCUGUAUGGAAACGUGAACUACUAAUAAAGUCGCUUUAUUUUUCCAACAGUAAACAAAGUUUUGGCUUCCACCGCACUAACUCUUAAAUUGAGGAAACAUCAGUAGUUCUAACCAAAUUCAACCACCAAAAUGAUUUUUGUUGCUGGAUCAAGCACUUAAGAGGGACGUGCGUGGCACCUGCACAGAUUUCUAUGCCAAAACUUGAAGAAAAAAGGUGGUUUGAAAGAAAAUAACUAAUCUGUCACUUAUGGUUUCUCUCUUUUUUUUUUUUUUUGCGCUCUGGGUGGUGGUUGCCUAGCACGUUACAUGAUGUAAUGACCCUACCUCCAUCCGCAACGUUACAUUGUUUCCUUUUAUGUUUCUUUUUUUCCAAAGUUUGUUACAAUGGAUGCUUUACUUUGGAUUGUAAAUGAUGAGGAGCUGGCGCUCCCGUAACGUUGUUUUGUACUGUCAGGUCAGUGCUUCUAGAUGGCUCGCAAUAUUAAAUUAUUCCUCCACUGUAGAGCAAGGUGGGUAACGCGGGUGUGCGUCAUACAUGGCGGCCAUCACCCCCUCCACAGCUGCUUUAUAGGGAGGACCUCGUAUUGCUGUGGGUACCGUCUGGGGCUCCUCAAUAUUGGGACAGAUUACCCUGGUAGUUCUCUAUGAAGGGGGUGCACUUUAAGAGUCCCUUGUAAGGGCGGCUCCCGCAGCGGCCUGGCUAUCUAUGGAUUCUUCUCUUAGACACAGGUUUGAUAUCUGAUCAUGGCAGCUACGUGACGCUUUGUUUCUUUAUAUAUUUGUUUUGUCUGUUCCGGUGACUUCACCAGAUUAUAUAAUUUAUUCUCUGAACAAGGGUGGAACGUUGUGACCCUAAGGACCACUUGUGUGCGGAGCGGAUGAAGCCAUCUAGAAGCAUCUGCCGCCUCUUCCAGUGUUCUCUGUCUUGCAUGGUCUCUGCCCAUUUGAUACUUAUGGCCGAUGCACAGCGACUCGCGCUUAUUUUUUUUUGCACUCAUUCGGCGCUUGGUACAAAAUGGGCAAAAGGCAAAAGAUGAUGAAUGCGAAAACUCCCAAAAGUAAUGCACUAGAGCAGAGGAGUCGGGGCUGCAGGGACCGCUACCAUUAAGAUUACAGAACAUCAGGACACCAUUUAUUUCACAGAUCAAAGUCUAUUACCCGUAAGAUUUUGCGGCCUCUGAUUUCAGUCUCAUUCAUCCUUUGUCGUAUAAACGGCUCAUGAAAAUAACUGUGCAAUAUGAAACGUCAGAUGACUUCUAUGUCUUGCUGGUUUGUGUAUCCUCGUCGGGCGUGUGUCCCUGCACUUCACAGCUGCCAUUUAGCCCGCUUCUUCCAUUGACCAGGAUAAUGCAAGUCAGCAUUAUGUUUGGUUUUGUGUCUCUUAAUGUUUGCAAAGCGCAAGGGCCACGCGACUGACUGGAGGCUGCGGUUCUGUAAUAAUCAUGCACAGUCUCUUAAUUUGGAGGGGGGGGGGGGGGGGGGGACUUCAAACCCCUGGAGUUGACCCCUGUCACUCCAGGCAGAGCUGAAAACCUCUGUGCUGUGGGUGCUGUGCAGGCGGAUUACCCUGCCCUCUGCUGUCAUUUAAAAAUUAAGGGAAAAGGUCUGGUGAUCGUCACCAUGAGGUGGAAAUAGUUUUCUGUCUUGUAAUUGAAGACAAAUGAAUUCCUGGUACUUGAACAAUCUGUAAGGAUCUGUUUUUAUAGGAUGUUGGGAGUUUUUCAACAUUUUGCUGUAUUUCUGCAGUUUCAGGGGAAUCCUAAGCCUAUGAGUUUUAGCUUGUUUUUUAAGUAACUUGUAAGUUUAGUUUUUUUGUUUUCCUUUUAUUUUUUCUUAAUUUUCAUGGGUUACUUCCCAUGUUGUAUCUGGACGCGGCCCGCGCUGACCCUCCCCUUAUAAGAAGCCUCCUGUGGCUUUUGCAUUUGCAAUAAACCAAUAAAUGGCUUCAGUCCAGAAACGACUUGGCCUUAACUAGACUUUUAUGUUCAACGCAACAUAAAGGGGAGCUCCAGCAGAGGAGGCAUUGGUUGUGUCCCUGCACAGGUGGCAGCAGAUGCCCUGGCACCUGGGCCGGUAGAAGCUUCUGGUAUUUUGCAGCCAUUUCCAGUUGUUGAGGCUGAUGUGACACGAUCACAGUUUAGGGCCCAAUCUUGUAUCAUUGGUGGCUUCCACUUCCUGCUGUGCCACAACUGGGAGGCAAUAACAUUAGUGGCCCAGAUGUGACUUUGUGCACUGGUCAGGGGCCCUUCCAGACUCCAUAUGUCUUGGUGCUUGGGCCCCUAGGGGCCGGAUUGCUAUAGAUAUGUCAAGGUGCAGGGAAGAAAACAGGACUGUGACCAGCUGCAGAACUGCCAUAGUCUUACUGUUCACUGGGCCAAAGAGCUUGCACUUUAAUUUCCAUCAACAAGGAGGGGAGGGAUGCAGUAUAUCAGCACUUAUACAUUGCCCCAGUUAGUACAUAGCACAUAGGCAUUGUAUCUGCAUUAUGAUCCAUGGAGUUUCCCACCAGUGAUUUCCCGUUAUAGACGCAGCGUCAAGCUGUGGCCCUCAUGCACAGAUCUGCAGUGUCGCACAAAAGCCGUGCUGCCAAUACCCCUAUAAUACAGUGUCUAUACAGCUUAUAUGUAAGCCAAGGCCUGUGGAGGUGCAGCAGAGGACCAGUAAACUCUGUGGGAUUACAGCUCUGAGGUUGUAUGGAACUGUAAUACUGUGCAUGAGGGCAAAGGCCGGGAUCACAAGGUUUUCUGUGUGAAGUGUGCCCUUUUACAGCAGUUUUGGUAGUAAAGGCCUCUUGUCCCUAGAGCAGUGUUUUCCAUCCAAGGCGCCUCCAGCUGUUGCAAAACUACAACUCUUAGCAUCCCCUGACAGCCACAGGCUGUUUUGCUGGGAGUUGUAGUUUUGUAAGAGUUGGAGGCACCCUGGUCGGCAAACAAUGCUCUAGAUAGUGAUUUCUAAGCUGUGGCUCUUCAUCUGUUGCAAAACUAGAACUCCUAACGUAAUGGCCUAUGGCUAUCAGGGCAUGCUAAGAGUUAUAGUUUUGCAACAACUAGAGAGCCACACAUUCUAGAUUACUGAUGUCAGGACACAAAGGUCUACGGGACAGAUUUGACCCACCACGAAUCACUGGGUACUGCCGCGGGUGUAGAUCACUGUAGUCUUUAAGAUUUAUUUAGUGGCCCUGCUCCAGUUGUGGAGGAGACAGAAUCCCUCACAUGUCACAGGGAGGACGCGGAGCCUGUUAUAUUGUUUGCUAUUGUUUUGUUCUCUGCGGGGCAGAAAGCUUUUUCAUUUUAAUAAAGCUUAGGAAGAGGAAUAUGCAACAUGUUUCCAUGAAGUAGAACCCGAUAAGCUAUUACGAUGCAGUACAAGUUUGCACAUAACAUUCCUGGCACGUCUUUAAUGCCUGGACCGGGGGGCGGGGGGUUUCUGGGGUAACAGGACUAGAAGAUGACACAAAGGAACAAACUCUUCAGCACUUUUGUACACAUUUCUGGUCUGAUCAGGACGUUGCUCCUCACUUCUGGUUCUUCGCAGACUUUUCUUCCUAUUUUUCAGCAUGUGACUUUGGUACUAUGUUACUGACUGUUUGUGUAAAAUGUUCCGUCUUUCUAUGGUGUCAUGAGGAAAUCAUGUAGCUAGAUUAAAUGGUUUUCACAAGAAACAAAGUGUACGUUUUAGUGUUUCUCCAACAGAUCAUGCUGUAGCUGUUUAGGCAGGAUUCUCAUUACAAAUGCUAGCCACCAGCUGUCGCCAGCACUGGGGGGGCGGUUUGGGCCUCUGUGUACUACAUGGUGUCAGCCAGAUCCCGGAUGAGACCCCAUUUCUGACCAUCUUGCUUCCAUAGCACUUCCCUACGUGGUGUCACUGCCGGAUGUUAUCUGGUUUCCCUUCCUGUGCUGCCCCAUCUGGUGACUCGUGUUUACCGCUCAGUAUUUGAUUUUGGUUUGGUACCAUGGUGCGCUGUUGUUACAAGUGAACUUGUUUCUAAUUGUUCAAUACUCUUGGCUGUGUUGUACCCCUUUGUCAUGGGGGGCAGAUCUGUGUACAACAUUUACGUGGUUCCAUAAUACUUGCCUGUCUUGCAGAAUAAAACAGAAGAUAUUUUCUUGACUA